AUGUACUAUAGAGGUGCCCAAGCCGCCAUUGUUGUUUACGACAUAACGAAUCAGGCAAGCGCAAAUUUUAUCCCUGUCAACAAUGCUAUUCAGGAAUCUUUUCAAAAAGCCAAGAACUGGGUGAAGGAGCUCCAGCGACAAGCAUCUCCUAAUAUAGUGAUGGCUCUGGCGGGUAACAAGGCUGACAUGGCCAAUAGG